CCCCAGCGCCGCUGUCGUCGUCGUAGAGCGAGAAACGCUUGUGGGGAGUUGAAGGGUUCAGAGGCCGCAGAGGAUAUGGAAAACCGGCAAGCCGAGGAGGAAGCGGCGGCGGCGGCGGCGGCUGUGGACGAGGUCGGCCUCGUCGUCAAGAGCCCCGCUCAGCGCCACCCGGACCUGCUUCUGUCGGCCCGGCGCUCCUGGAGCGUCCGGCGCCUCAAGGCGGAGCUGCGACACCUUCACCCGGAUGAGCCGCCUGAAGACACUCAGAGGUUGAUUUAUUCUGGAAAGUUGUUGCACGACCAUCUUUUUCUGCAAGAAGUCCUCACUAAGCAGGAGACGGUUCACGCUCUCCAUUUGGUGUGUAACUCCAAGAAUCUGCCCAAGAUGCAAGGAACUGACAUGAAGGUGGCUGAGGCCAAGCAGCAGUCCACUGCAUCGGGCCAGAACCCUUCGGAUCUUCCCCCAGCGUCUGCUCCCAGCCAAGAAGAGGCUCCCCCAGGCCCGUCUGUGACCACAGAGGAAGCUGCCACAAGAUCUCCGAUGAAUCAGCACCCCUUUCCAGCUGUGAGCUCCAGUUACUCAUCCUACACAGCAUAUCACAUGCUGCACCUCUGGUUCCAUCAGUUUUACACAAGGCAAUACUACAUGCAGUACAUGGCUGCCAACGCUCAUUCGGGCGACUUCUCCUCCGCCAGACGUUCCCAGGAGAUCUCGGUGGCUCCGGUGGCCCCCGCAGCUCCCCUUCCUGGUCCGUUCCCUGCCGAGAACCCCCCCGUGGAUCAAAAUGCCCCCCCUCAAGCCAACCCCGGAGUGAACCCCAACCUGCGCAUGAAUGCCCAGGGAGGGCCCCUCAUGGAGGAAGACGAAGAAGUCAACCGCGAUUGGCUGGACUGGCUCUACUCGGCCACCCUCUUCUACGUCUUCGUCAACAUCGUUUACUUCUACUCCAGCAUGAGCCGGUUCCUCUUGGUGAUGGCCGGCACCCUCCUCAUGUACCUACGUCUUCCCUUCUUAGACACCAGGUUGGCUGGUUCCCUUUCAGACGAAGGCCAGUCCAGCCACCGCCGAACAACAUUCCUGUCCAAGCCGCUGUUAAUCAAGAUCAGAACAACAAUUUACAACAACAGGAGGAGAACCCAAGAGAACAAAAUGAAACGGAGAAUUCGGAGGCCCCAGGCGAGAUCCAGCCGGCCCCAGCCAUUUCCUUCAUGAGCACAGCUUGGCUUUUCUUUAAGACUUUCUUUGCCUCUCUUCUGCCAGAGGGGCCUCCAGCUGUGGCAAACUAACUGGGCACAUAACUUCCUCUUUCUUGACUACCGAGGCCGGUCCGGACACGAGCUGGCAUGCCCAAACGUGGCCACGGAUGGUUGGGUGAAAGAGGGCGAAUGUAGACUUUGACGCUAAAGACAGAUGUGGCUGAAGGUGCAACGAGGUGAUGCUAGCUCAGAGCUUCACGGACACAAACAAUAGAUCACUGAAGCCAUGGCUUGAGGGCGGUGUGACGUUUUGUACCUCGGCUGUCUUGGGGGCCAAGUGCAAGAGAGGCAGACUCCUUCUGCCAGGAUCAUUCGAUUCCAUUUAGAGUGGAUCUCAUGCUUGCGUGCACGGAGUGUGCAAUCUUGCGCAACCAGCCAUAUUAGAAAAACCGUGCAGGGGAAGUUAAUGCCAAAAAUGAAGAAAAAGCUGGGCUUAAUUGCUGACAACACGUGUAAAAGAUAAGGUGUAAAUAGCUUGCCACAGAAGGUAACAGUCAAGCCUAUUAAUACUACACAAUGGGCGAGGAACUAUACGGCCCCUUUACGACGUGCGGACUUCAACUCCUAGAAUUGGCUCUGGAAUUCUGGGAGUUGAAGUUGGCAGGUGGUAAAGGGUCCAUAAUUGCCCACCCCUGCUACACAGUGUAGCCAAAAGUAUUUUCCUAGGCUUCAAGCACGAGCGGGUUUCCUAUUUUGCCAAUUUAGUAAGUCGAGAGAAGGUCUGGAGGCGUGUCUUCUGAUAGAUCAAGUUGCAAAUAUGACUUCUUUCAAGCCGCUUUCUAUUUUGCCAGCAGUCUAGUUAAUCUGUAAGUUCUUCUUGUCCUUACAUUUCAAACUUUAAAAAAAAGAGAAUGAGAUUUGUGUAAAAGAAGAUGGUGAACAAUCCUUCCCUCCCUCCGUGCAGAUUCUCAGGCUGAUUCCCUGCCUAUUAGCUAUACAUAAUUGUGAAUUAAUAGUGCUUUCUGGGAUACAAAUUUUAAAAAAUGGAUCCAAUUUUGGUCUGAAUCUGAAGUUGGGUGAAGCAUAACUCCGUGAACUGGAGGCGCUUACACUUGGAAAAGAAGGGAUAUUUUGUCGGUAACCUUUUCCCCUGAGUUUGGAUAGUCCAAAUCCCAAGAUGGGUCGAGGGGGGGGGUAAGAGGAUCCCCCAAAAUUACUGCAGCUGUUCAUUUUACACGUAGAAGUUUUUGAACCCAGGCUGUGAUAUUUCUAGCAUCUUAUAAUCAAAAGGUGGUGUGGAUGUUGGAAGCUGCAGUAUAACAUCAGAAAGAAUGGGAGUUGCCACUACACAAUCGCUGAGACUGAUGCAAAUUAAGUAUGGUUGUGAUGGCCACAUCUCACCUGUAGAUGCCCAGAGUGUCUCUGGAGGGGAAAAAUAUCCUUUAACACCUGCAUUUAACUUGGACAUUUUAGUACAAGCAAAAGAAAAUUACUUCUUUUGGGUUCUGAUUAAUUGGUCUGCUUAUAACGCUCAAGAUUAUUUUUUUCCCCCCACUUAAGCCUCUUUGCCUGGAAUUGCUAGAAUUGCAUUUUUCCAAAGUCAUUCUUUUCCACUCAGGGAUUAUUUUGCAUAUACAAACAUUUUCCCAUCUCUGUGUUUGGAUUUCAGGAUGAUGCUGAAAAGGUGUGUUUUCUCUAUUGUGGAUUAUAACCUGGAUGCUUUCUGUUUCUAUCUACUCAAAUUUCACAAGGACAGUCACAUGAUGGCUGAACUUUUUUUCUUGUACAUUAUUAAACAAAGGUUUAAUAUAUUGCAGCUUAAUUUUAUUAAACUGAGAUUGUUUGCAAGUGUUUGGGAAUUAUUGCAUUGAUAAGACUCAGACUUCAAACAAAAAGGGAAGCUGGCAUGUCAGCAGCUCCUCUAAUCCUCUAAUCUUACAUAACUUCAUAGAAAAUAAAACUGUCCAUGGUGAUAUUUGGAACAAAGAUAAAAGUGGGGGGAAAUAUACACAAUAGCCACCAGUUUUGUAAAUUGAAAAGACUCCAGGAAUCAUUUUGAGGGAUAUACAAUAUAUUCUCAAAAUCAUAAAUGUCUAUUGUCUUUUAAACCUAGGGGUCUUCCGCUCUGAAAAAUAAAAUACUGGAGUUGCAUAAA